CUCACGGUCGCCGCGGACGCCUUUUGUGAGAGGGCGUGGCUUAAACCAAGCCGUCUCAUCCGUUUCCUGGAGCACCGCCUACAGGCCUUGGCAUCGGCUGGUCGUGGGUGUCACGUGAUGCUUGACACCACCCCAAAGCAAGGGGUCAAAGGUGACGUUGUGGCCUCCAGAGAAGUGAUGUUUUUUUUUAAGUCAGGCCCAUUUAAGGACGUUUUGUGUGGACAGAGACGUCCCGACAGACACAGCUAUCAUCACAUGACACGUGCAUGCUUGCAACUGCUCUAUUUAAACGCUGCGUGGGGGGGGGCGUCCACACACCCCUGUGGAGACAUUGAGAAGACAUGGCCAGCAGGAAGACCAAGAAGAAAGAAGGCGGAGCCAAACGGGCCCAGCGUGCGUCGUCCAACGUGUUCUCCAUGUUUGAGCAGACGCAGAUCCAAGAGUUCAAAGAAGCUUUCACCCUCAUGGACCAGAACCGAGAUGGAUUCAUCGAUAAGGAGGACCUGAAGGACACGUACGCCUCUCUGGGCAAAGUGAACGUGAAGGACCAGGAAGUGGAGGAGAUGCUGAGAGAAGCUAGCGGCCCCAUCAACUUCACCAUGUUUCUCACCCUGUUUGGAGGAAAACUUCACGGCACCGACCCAGAAGACACCAUCCUGAACGCCUUCAGAAUGUUCGACACCGAGGCCAAAGGUUUCAUCCACAAAGACGAGCUGGAAAAAUUAUUGACAACACAAGCUGACAAGUUCACGCAGGAGGAGGUCAGGCAGAUGUUCGAGUCGUCCAACAUCGACUCGUCAGGAAACUUGGACUACAAGUCUUUGUGUUACAUCAUCACUCAUGGCGAGGAGCGGGAAGACUAAAGAAGGAACGCCUGGUGGAUCUUUUUAUUCUUUUAUGCCUCUUGUUGCAGAAUAACCAAUAAAAGAUGUCACCUUGUUGCUUGGCAGAAUAAGCCAUCA